AUGGAAAACAACAGCAACACCACCACCACCAACAACAACAACAAAGGAGGAGAAGAAAUAUCAAUAAUACAGCAGAAGCAAAACAAAGUGAUGAAAAGAAACAGUAAUGGUGGAUACCCAAUAGGCCAAGGUUUCUUCAGAGCAGUCUCAGCCAUGGCCACUUUUGCUGCAGCUUUACUCAUGGCUCUCAAUCAAGAAACCCAUACCAUUGAUGGUUUCCCCAUGCAUGCCAGCUAUCACUCCUCUCCUGCAUUCAGGUUCUUCUUGUAUGGGAAUGGGAUUGCAUGUGGAUACUCAUUGGUUUCAUUGCCUUUAGUUUCUGUGUUUGGAACAAGCUAUCUCAUGCACUUGUUUGAUAUGUUGGCAAUGGGAUUAGUGAUGGGAUGUGCAACAGGAGCAGCAGCAAUUGGGUAUGUUGGGAAGCAUGGGAACAAUCAUAUUGGAUGGAUUCAAGUGUGUGGUUAUUAUGAGAAGUUUUGCAAGCAAAUGACAUUCUCUGUUGGCUGUUCAUAUCUUGGAUGUCUCCUACUUUUGGCUGUCUCUGCACUCUCUUCUGCUAAUAAGCUCAUUUGAACAACAACAAGAAGAAGACUAGUGUUUUUGU